AUGGCAGCUCAAGUCCCCACUGAAGCUCUCAAGGAGCUCAACGUGGCCAAUGGCUCCCAGAAGCCCGGCGCAAACACACAAUCAAAGACCGACGCUGCCGGCGACGACCACGGCGAUGACUCGGAGGACGAGGCCGACGGUGCAGCUCCCGCUGAAGGAGGUGCCAAAAAGAAGAAGAAGAGAAAGCCCAAGAAGAAGAAGAAGAAGAACCCUACCAGCCAGAGCGAUCCUCCCCGAGUCCUGGUCAGCCAGCUGUUCCCCAACAAGUCCUACCCUCACGGAGAGGAGGUGGAAUACAAGGACGAGAACAACUACCGUACCACCGACGAGGAGAAGCGCCACCUCGAUAACAUGAACAGCGACUUCCUGACCGAUUACCGCGAGGCCGCUGAGAUCCAUCGCCAGGUGCGCCAGUGGACCCAGAAGAAUGUCCGGCCCGGACAGACCUUGACUGAGAUUGCUGAGGGCAUCGAGGAUGGUGUUCGUGCCCUGACUGGCCACUCUGGUCUGGAGGAGGGUGACAGCAUCAAGGGCGGUAUGGGUUUCCCUUGCGGUCUCAGUCUUAACCACUGUGCUGCGCAUUACACCCCCAACGCUGGCAACAAGAUGGUUCUGAAGCAAGAGGACGUUAUGAAGGUUGACUUUGGCGUUCACGUGAACGGUCGCAUCGUGGACUCUGCUUUUACAAUGUCUUUUGACAACAAAUACGACAACCUCAUCCAGGCCGUCAAGGAGGCCACCAACGCUGGUAUCCGCGAGGCAGGCAUCGAUGCCCGUGUCGGAGAGAUCGGAGGUGUCAUCCAAGAGACCAUGGAGAGUUUUGAGGUUGAACUCGACGGAGUUACAUACCCUGUCAAGAGUAUCCGCAACCUCACAGGUCACAACAUCCUGCCCUACAGCAUUCACGGCACCAAGGCCGUGCCUAUUGUCAAGAGUAAUGAUCAGACCAAGAUGGAGGAGGGCGAUGUCUUUGCUAUCGAGACCUUUGGCAGCACUGGUAACGGAUACGUCCGCGACGACAUGGAGACAUCGCACUAUGCUAAGAGUAAAGACGGACAGCACGUUGAUCUGCGUCUGAGCUCGGCCAAGUCGCUGCUCAACGUUAUCAACAAGAACUUUGGCACCCUGCCGUUCUGCCGCCGAUACCUAGACCGUAUUGGCCAGGACAAGUACCUACUCGGACUUAACAAUCUGGUCAACGCUGGUAUUGUUGAUGCAUACCCGCCCUUAUGUGACAAGAAGGGCAGUUACACAGCCCAGAGUGAACAUACCAUCUUGAUUAGACCGACCGUGAAGGAGGUCAUCAGCCGUGGUGAUGAUUACUAG